GUUUUCACCCCUGAAGGCUGGACAUGUUGCACUGAGGGAAGGCAGACACACAGCUGACUGAUCGAUGAGCCCAGCCUAGUCCCAGGAGGACCACAGAGCAGACGCAAACAACGAGAUGGAGCGGAUUUUUGCAGUGAUGGGGAUGGAGUUGGCUCUGAUGUGGAUUGUUCUGAUCUUAACGGGAAGCACAUCAGCUGAAGAACAACAGUACAGCAGAGCAGUGGAUUGGCUGAGCAGGUAUGGCUACCUUCCACCUCCAGACCCACGCACAAGCAAAUUACAGACAAAGGAGGGAAUUGAGAAAGCCAUUCGGGUCAUGCAGAGAUUCGGUGGUAUCCCAGAGACGGGGAGGAUCGAUCAAGAAACUCUAGAUCUCAUGUCCAAGCCACGAUGCUCUCUGCCUGAUAUUGUGGGGAGUGAGGACAUGCUGAAGAGGAGGAGGAGGAGGAAACGAUAUGCUCUGUCUGGCCUUAAAUGGCAUAAGAAAGAUCUCACAUGGAGUGUCCACAGCUACCCAUACUCCUCCAUCUCCAGCUCCAUGGUGGACAACAUCCUGAAACACGCCUUCAAAGCCUGGAGUGAUGAGGCCCCCUUGACUUUUCGUCGGGUGGCAACUGACAGCGGGGGGGUGAACACCGGAGGCGACAUCAGAGUGUCUUUUGCCCGCUUGUUGCAUGACGACGGCUACCCUUUUGACGGACAGGGUGGCACCCUGGCCCACGCGUUCUUCCCCAGCGGGGGCGAUAUCGCGGGUGACACACACUUUGAUGAUCAUGAGAUCUGGACCUUUAGAGGUGACAGCAGCACCACUGACUUGUUCACAGUGGCGGUGCAUGAGUUCGGCCAUGCGCUGGGCCUGUCUCAUUCGUCCACUGAUCCGUCCAUCAUGAGGCCAUAUUACCAGGGUCCCGUGGGGGACGUAUACAACUUCCGGCUGUCCCUCGACGACCGCCAAGCCAUUCAGCAGCUUUACGGUGUGAAGGAUGGCAGGCCGAGUGGCGGUGUUGAUCCUGAUCUCCCACGCCUGCCCAGUCCGCCUCCUCCGAGACCGACACAAAUGCCUAACCCACCUUUCAACGGUCGAUGUCAGGGAGGCUUUGACGCAGUGGCCAACAUCAGAGGAGAAGUCUUCUUUUUCCAGGGUGUGAACUUCUGGAGGACGAAACGGGACGGCUCGCUGAUCUCCCUCAAUCCAGCUCUGGUCAGAAACUUCUGGAUCGGCCUUCCUUCGGGAUCAAUCAAGAUCGACGCCGUGUACGAGAGAAAGAGCGACAGCACCAUCAUCUUCUUUAGUGGCUCUCAGUACUGGAUGUUCAAGGACACAGUGGCCAUGAGCGGCUACCCACGGCCUCUGUCCGACUGGGGCAUGAUCUCAAAGAGCGGGGCCCCGGUAGACCGAGUGGACGCCGCCUUCAUCUGGGACCACAACGGUAAGACCUACCUGUUCAGCGGAGGGGAGUUCUGGAGGUUUGACGAGAGCCGUAAAGACCAGCAGGUGACGCGGCGGCUGGAUCCCGGUUACCCACGAGACAACAGUCUGUGGAAAGGUGUGCCCUCUGACAUGGAUGACGUCAUCAGCUGGGGAGAAGGUGAUACCUACUUCUUCAAGGACAACCUCUACUGGGUGCUGAAGAGGGGAGGACUGGACCUGGAAGAGGUCACUCCUAAAUCCAUUGCUGUGGAUUGGCUCAGAUGUCCUGUUCCUGAAUCCACCCCAGCUCCAAAGAACCCAAAAAGCGGCGGCGACUGCACCUGCUCCUUAACGGAUUCAUGUGGGUUUGUGAAGAGCGGCUGGUUCCUCCUGAUCUGCAGUCUGAUACUUAGUCUGAGUCUGGAACUCGCCUGAAGUGUAUGAAGAUGGGAUUACAGCUUUAUUUUCUGCACUUUUAUUUUUUCUCCUUUUGGUUUAUUUGUUUGGCACUUAUCUUAACUCAUAAAGACCCAGUCAUACUUUUUAUCAGUUCCCAAAGAUUUUUCUCUAUAUCUAACCUUUCUUAAGUGAUUUAUUGCCAUUUGUUGUAAUAUUAUUCUCUUUAUUUGAAGAUUUUUCAGUGUAAAUCAUGUAUUUUCCCAUAUUUAA